ACUUGGAGGCGCCUGGCCGGGAAGGGCCUGGUCAGCUGUGUCCGGUGGAGGCAGCUGCUGACCCAGCUGUGGACUGUGCCGGGGCGGAAGAAGGGGGGGCAGGAGCCCUGGGCCCCCCGUGGCAGGGGCUGCAUCAUGUAUCAUUUCGGGGCAACCCUCUGGCCAGGAGUUGGCUCCCUCUGUCUUCUGCUAGCUGGGGCCACCUGGGCUCCUUCACCCAACUCCCCCGACGCCAAGUUUGAAAGCAAAGCGGCCCUGUUGGCAGCCCGCGGGCCUGAAGAGCUUCUGUGCUUCACCGAGCGGUUGGAGGACUUGGUGUGCUUCUGGGAGGAAGCGGGAAGCGCUGGAGUAGGCCCAGAAGACUACAGCUUCUCCUACCAGCUUGAGGGUGAGCCGUGGAAGCCAUGCCACCUGCAUCAAGGGCCCACGGCCCGCGGCUCGGUGCGUUUCUGGUGCUCGCUGCCUACAGCCGACACGUCGAGCUUCGUGCCCCUAGAGCUGCGCGUCACUGAGGUUUCCUCGGGCGCUCCACGCUACCACCGUAUCAUCCACAUCAACGAAGUGGUGCUGCUAGACCCUCCCGCUGGGCUGCUGGCACGGCGGGCCGAAGAGAGUGGCCACGUGGUACUGCGCUGGCUCCCGCCGCCUGGGGCACCCAUGGCGAGCCUUAUCCGCUAUGAGGUGAACAUCUCGACAGAGAACGCCGCAGGGGGCGUGCAGAGGGUGGAAAUCCUCGACGGCCGCACUGAGUGCGUGCUGAGCAACCUGCGGGGUGGAACGCGCUACACCUUCAUGGUACGCGCGCGAAUGGCAGAGCCGAGCUUCGGUGGCUUCUGGAGCGCCUGGUCCGAGCCUGCGUCGCUGCUGACAGCUAGUGACUUGGACCCCCUCAUCCUGACCCUCUCCCUCAUCCUCGUGCUCAUCUUGCUGCUGCUGGCCGUGCUCGCCCUGCUCUCCCACCGUCGGACUCUGAAGCAGAAGAUCUGGCCUGGUAUCCCAAGCCCUGAGGGCGAGUUUGAGGGUCUCUUCACCACCCACAAGGGUAAUUUCCAGCUGUGGCUGUACCAAACUGAUGGAUGUUUGUGGUGGAGCCCCUGCACCCCUUUUGCAGAGGACCCACCUGCCCCUCUGGAAGUUCUCUCUGAGCGCUGCUGGGGGGUGACACAAGCAGUGGAACCAGCCGCAGAUGAUGAGGGGUCCCUGCUGGAGCCGGUGGGCAGUGAACAUGCCCGAGACACCUACCUGGUGCUGGACAAGUGGUUGCUGCCCCGGAGGCCGGCCAGUGAGGACCUCCCACAGCCUGGUGGUGAUUUGGACAUGGCGGCCAUGGAUGAAGCCUCAGAAGCAUCCUUCUGCUCAUCUGCUCUGGCCCUGAAGCCUGGGCCAGAGGGGGCCUCAGCUGCCAGCUUUGAGUAUACUAUCCUGGAUCCCAGCUCACAGCUCCUGCGCCCAAGAGCCCUGCCCGCUGAGCUACCCCCUACCCCACCCCACCUGAAGUACUUGUACCUUGUGGUGUCUGACUCUGGCAUCUCAACUGACUACAGCUCAGGGGGCUCCCAGGAAACCCAGGGGGGCUCAUCCAGUGGCCCCUACUCCAACCCUUAUGAGAACAGCCUUGUCCCAGCCCCUGAGCCUUCACCCCCGAACUAUGUGACCUGCUCAUAGGAUUCCAGCCCUCAGAUGCUUGGGGACCCAGCAUGACUUCAAGUGCUACUCCAAGCCCAACAUUUAUCCAGCAGGGUCAGUGAGGCCUCCCUCAGGACAAGGACAUUGCUGACCUUGACUUUCUGCUCAAUACAUCCUGCUCAGAAAGUCACA